AUGGAACAACCAACUGUCUCUCCUGAAGAGGCUGCAAAGAGCCAGUUUAUAAAUAAUCAGUUUCACGAUGAGACCAGGAUACACCAGAGACACAACAAUACCACACUCAAUCUCCAUCUGACCCACCGACCGGCCCGAGCCGCCAUUCGUCUCACCCCAUAUCCACGCAACGAGGAUCUCAUCCAUCAUCCUGAUCUCGUGGAUAAGCUCAAUACACUCUUGCCAUACCCAUCAGCGAUAUCUCACAGUGCUGCGCUCUGGGGUCUGGGCGGCUCUGGCCUGAAUAUGGGGAAGUCAAGCAUAAUCAACGAAAAGAAUAUCAUCCUCGGACAUGUCUCUGGGAAGGAGACCGAGAUGCAAGUAAGCCGACACACCCAGCCUAUCGAAUCAACGGGCAUGAGCAACGAUGAGCACUUGGACGGCGAAAAAUAUUUCUCGAGUAUCGCUCCACAAGCUGCAGCAGACCUUUUCCCUGAUUCACAACGAGAUACCUGGAAACAAUGCGGGAAAUUCUUAGCACGUGUAUUGCAAAUCGGAGAGUGGGCAGAUGUGAACAAGAAGCAGAUUGAGACGACGCAGCUACUUGAAGAGCAGCUGAGUUGCUUCAUCAUGGUGGGCAAUGGAGAGCAAAAGAGCGUUUGGAUUAAAGAAUACUGGAACUCAGGAAAGGAAGGCUAG